AUGGCAACCAGUUCCGAGCGACCGAUAACCAGGCAACAAGCCCAGAUCCCAUCGCCGACAGCGGCGUGCGAAGCAUGUCGGAAGCUCAAAAUGCGAUGUAUCCGACCAAGCGCAUCCAGCACAAACAAUGGAUCUAAUGAACCUUGUGAGCGCUGCAAACGCACAAACCGUACCUGCAAUAUUCCCUCUCCACGGCCGCUGGGUCGCAAGCGAGGGGCUGUUGGUCGAUAUCAUGGAUUCGAAAAGGCCUAUCGAAAGAUGCAGGCGGAGCUAAAGAAAGCACGCCUGUCAACGGAUAAAGCGUCUGAAAUUGCCAGCGUAUCUCCGGCACAAGAUGACACAGAAAUUAGCGAUCUCAUGAUGUCAAAUAUGCACCAAAAUGACCCAAGUCAAGUCGACUGGGAGCCAUCUGCUGGAAACAGGCCUCAUGGUCACCAAAAGCCGCUGUCGCCCAGCUCAAGUAUGCUCAAUGCAAAUAGGCCACCGGCCUCAGAAUCGAAUCAAAGCCCGAAUGUGACUACUUCACCUUUUGCUCCCGAGACCAUCACAUCGCAUGUGAACCUGGAACCAGUUAGCAAUCCACUGGCUCUUAUGGCAGAGGCUGCCGGCGCUGCGCAGGCACUAGAACCUCAAGCUGGGCCAAUAGAUCUAUCGCCAGCUUCAAAUUUCGAGUCCGUGUCGGGAGAAAUUUCUCCCGGUGAGGGCAUAGGCCGAUAUCUAUUGCAUCGACCUGGAUACGUUUCUUUGGGACUUCACCUAGACCGGAAGGUUCUGGAGAGCGGAAUAGAUGCCUUAUUUGCACCUCCUACGGAAUCUGAUCGAUACUCAAAUUAUUUCCGGUCGCCGGAUACAAAUCCCCCGCGAGAUACUGGUCCUGAUUUAGACCCCGUGGAUCUUGGCUUGGUAUCGAUGGAAGAAGCAUAUGCCUUAUUUCCAAUCUACUUCUCCCGACUUCAUUUGAUAAAUGGAAUCCUCGAUCCCAUGUUACAUACUCCUGGCUACGUCCGCUCCCGGUCUUCCCUCUUAUUCACAUGGAUCCUUGCUCUUACAGCACAAUUCGACCACGGCUCGGGCCAUCUUGCCAAAAGGCUGCGACUUCAUGGAGAGAAGCUAUCCCGACAUGUUCACACUUGUGGUUACAAGACAGUGGAGAUUGUCCAAGGGUACUAUAUUUCCCUCCUCUCAGCAACCCCUGCCAACACUCUAUCUGAAGAACGAUCGUGGCUAUAUACAAUGUAUGCCUUCGGGGUUGCAGCAGAGUUGGGACUCGAUCAAGAGUGCCGAACACGCUGUAACAAGGAAACCGGCUCCUACAAUACACAACUUCGAUCGCCCGAGGAACCCACAUCUCAGCGUCUCCUCACGCUAGAAGAACGCUCUGCAUUCCCAGCCCAGAAAUAUCCCGAGAAUUCUCACGGUCGCUUGCUCGAGGAUCACGAUUACCUUCAACGACUGGCUCGCAACAGAGAGCGCACCUGGCUACGAAUUUUGCUUUGGGAACGAGCGAAUAGCGCAGCCUGUGGCCGAAUCAAUGCCUUCCCGGAGACAGAGCUGACUUGCAACAUUGAGAAUUGGUGGAUGCAUCCGUUGGCUGACUCAACAGAUAAACAUACAUGUGCGUUCAUCCUUCUUCGCCGUCACUUGGCGACUCUGCAAAGCGAUAUAAGACGCCAGGCGAAUAUGCCGCAUUCAAAUCCUCACUGGGUGCGCGACCUUGUCAACAUUGUUUUCGAACCAUGGCGAGAAACCUGGCUGCCGUCUCUAAAUACCAUCUCACCCCAGCAUGAAGAGCUACCAAACCUCUACCUUUAUUAUGUCUAUAUCCAUAACCGGCUGUGGACGCUAUCUUCUGCACUCAAUAUUUCUGCCAACAAUGACCGGGAUCUAGAUGUUGUUCGCGAGGACUGCUUUGAUGCCGCUAUACAUUGUUGCGAAAUUGCCGUGCGUGACAUAUCAAUUGUUGGAGAGCCAAUGUACUGUAUGCUUUCUCCAACAUGGGCGAUGAUUUCUUACGCUGCAGUCCUAGCUCUCAAGCUUUUCCCACAUCUGCAUGGGUCGCGUCCAGGGUACGAGGUCGAGCUCCUUGCCUUGCUGGCCCAAGUUGCAUUGCAAUUGAAGCGCGCAGGGACUACGCCCUCUCAUCGAUUUGGGAUCGCUGCGCUGCUUGGUCAGCACUUGCUGAUCAUAUUGCGAGCAAGAGCAUCCGCGCUAAGGAAUGCCAUUCCAGUUCCUGAGGUGCAAUCGGUAGCACCACAGUAUAGAAACGGAAACAACUCCGAUUCAGGCUACCAUCUAGGAAGAAAUGUACCCGACAGCACUGAUUCAAUGGAGAUACUGUCGGAGACGCACGUGAACAACCCAUUGGUUUCAAACUAUGACCCGUUCUUGACAACAGCUACCAUAGGCUCCGAGACAGAUCUUGGCGAAGAAGGAUUCACAGAUCUCUUGCGAGAGAUCUUUGGUCCAGGCUUUGGCGAUGUGUUCUAA